AUGAGGCGGCUGCGGCGCUGGGCGGUCGCGGCGCUGCUGCUGCUGCUGCCGCCGCCGCUGCUCCCCGCGCCCGGUCUUGGGACCCGGGGUCCUGCUGGAGCCCUGCGUUGGAGGGUCUCACCCCAGCUGUGGGGCCCGGAGGCCCCUGAGGUCACAGAGCCCAGCCGUCUGGUCGGGGAGAGCUCCGGGGGAGAGGUCCGAAAGCAGCAGCUGGACACCAGGGUCCGCCAGGAGCCCCCCCGGGGCCCGCCCGUCCACCUGGCCCAGGUGAGUUUCGUCAUCCCAGCCUUCAACUCCAACUUCACUCUGGACCUGGAGCUGAACCAUCACCUCCUGUCCUCGAAGUACGUGGAGCGCCAUUUCAGCCGGGAGGGGACCACGCAGCAUAGCACCGGGGCUGGAGACCACUGCUACUACCAGGGGAAGCUCCGAGGGAACCCCCGCUCCUUUGCCGCUCUCUCCACCUGCCAGGGGCUGCACGGGGUCUUCUCCGAUGGGGACUUCACCUACAUCGUGGAGCCCAGGGAGAUGGCUGAGCCUCGGGAAGCCCCCCAGGGACCCCUCCCCCACCUCGUUUACCGGACCUCUCUGCUCCCAGCCCCCGCCAGAUGCAGGGAGCCAGACUGCCUGUUCGCUGCCCCUGCCCGCUCUGCUCCUCCGAACCGGCCGAGGCUGAGAAGGAAAAGGCAGGUCCGCCGGGGCCACCCCACGGUGCACAGUGAGACCAAGUAUGUGGAGCUGAUCGUGAUCAACGACCACCAGCUGUUUGAGCAGAUGCGGCAGUCGGUGGUCCUCACCAGCAACUUCGCCAAGUCUGUGGUGAACCUGGCAGAUGUGAUGUACAAGGAGCAGCUCAAUACCCGGAUAGUGCUGGUUGCCAUGGAAACGUGGGCAGAUGGGGACAAGAUCCAGGUGCAGGAUGACCUCCUGGAGACCCUGGCCCGGCUCAUGGUCUAUAGGCGGGAGGGCCUGCCUGAGCCCAGCGAUGCCACCCACCUCUUCUCGGGCAGGACUUUCCAGAGCACCAGCAGCGGGGCUGCCUACGUGGGAGGCAUCUGCUCUCUGUCCAGGGGCGGGGGCGUGAAUGAGUACGACAACAUGGGCGCCAUGGCGGUGACGCUGGCCCAGACGCUGGGGCAGAACCUGGGCAUGAUGUGGAACAAACACCGGAGCUCAGCAGGGGACUGCAAGUGUCCGGACAGCUGGCUGGGCUGCAUCAUGGAGGACACGGGGUUCUACCUGCCCCGCAAGUUCUCGCGCUGCAGCAUCGACGAGUACAAUCAGUUUCUGCAGGAGGGCGGCGGGAGCUGCCUCUUCAACAAGCCCCUCAAGCUCCUGGACCCCCCUGAGUGUGGAAACGGCUUCGUGGAGGCGGGGGAGGAGUGCGACUGCGGCUCUGUGCAGGAGUGCAGCCGAGCGGGCGGGAACUGCUGCAAGAAAUGCACCCUGACUCACGACGCCAUGUGCAGCGACGGGCUGUGCUGUCGCCGUUGCAAGUACGAGCCGCGGGGUGUGUCCUGUCGAGAGGCCGUGAACGAGUGCGACAUCGCGGAGACCUGCACCGGCGACUCGAGUCAGUGCCCCCCGAACCUGCAUAAGCUGGACGGCUACUACUGUGAUCAGGAGCAGGGCCGCUGCUAUGGGGGUCGCUGCAAAACCCGGGACCGGCAGUGCCAAGCCCUUUGGGGCCACGCGGCUGCUGAUCGCUUCUGCUACGAGAAGCUGAAUGUGGAGGGGACAGAGCGUGGGAACUGCGGGCGCAAGGGGUCAGGCUGGAUCCAGUGCAAUAAGCAGGAUGUGCUCUGUGGCUUCCUCCUCUGCGUCAAUAUCUCUGGAGCUCCUCGGCUGGGGGACCUGGGAGGGGACAUCAGCAGUGUCACAUUCUACCACCAGGGCAAGGAGCUGGACUGCAGGGGUGGCCACGUGCAGCUGGCCGACGGCUCAGACCUGAGCUACGUGGAGGACGGCACGGCCUGUGGGCCCAACAUGCUGUGCCUGGACCAUCGCUGCCUGCCGGCCUCCGCCUUCAACUUCAGCACCUGCCCGGGCAGCGGGGAGCGCCGCAUCUGCUCCCACCACGGGGUCUGCAGCAACGAAGGGAAGUGCAUCUGUCAGCCAGACUGGACGGGCAAAGACUGCGCCAUCCACAACCCCCUGCCCACGUCUCCGCCCACCGGGGAGACAGAGAAGUACAAGGGUCCCAGUGGCACCAACAUCAUCAUCGGCUCCAUCGCUGGAGCCGUCCUGGUUGCAGCCAUCGUCCUGGGCGGCACGGGCUGGGGAUUUAAAAACAUCAGGCGAGGAAGGUAUGACCCGACCCAGCAGGGGGCAGUGUGAUGCCUGCCACCUCAUCCCUCCCACUGUCCGUCUCCAUCUCAUUUGUCACCUCGCAUUCUGUGGAUGGGACCUAAGGGCUGGCUCCCCUGCCCCGCGGUGCUGAUGUCACCACAGGGGUGGGAGAACCCACUCCCGGAGGGAAGUCCUCAGCCACUGCCUCUGGCCCACCCAUCCGCUCAGGCGUGGUCUGUUUGCUCCCAUCCCUCCCACGUCCCUCCUUCACCCAGAUCAGUCCUGGCCCUAUCCCGGCCCCCCGGCCCCCACCCCCGGGAAGGGAGCCUCCCUCUGCAUCCCAUUUGUUUCGUCUGUCACGUCACUGCUGUCUGCCUUUGCACCAGAUCCCCUCCCUGGCCAGCCUGUGACUGGCUGUCUCCAGGGCGCCGCACUUGCCUGGGGCCCAGCUUGGAGGGGUCUUCCUCUGGGCCCUGCCUCCUGUGCUGCCCCGAUGUCCCCUCUCCCUUCCAGGUCUGGAGGGGCCUAAGUGCCACACCCCUCCCUCCAAGCCUGGCACCCACGUCUCCGCCCGGCACCGGGAAGCUGCCCCCGCCCAGCCGUGGAGGGAGGCACCGUUGCACUGUCUUCCAGGCCCAAGCCU